UAUCUUUUCAUUUUAUUUUAUAGGAGGUAUCGGUUUUCUUGGAAAGGUCUUAAUUGAGAAGCUAUUACGAAGUUGUUUCGACAUUACUACAAUAUAUUUGCUCAUACGUUCAAAAAAAGACAAAUGCCCCGAAAGCCGACUGGACGAAAUAUUUCAGAAACCUCUUUUUGAGCAAUUGAAAAAGGAAGUACCCAACUUCCGCAAAAAAAUUGUGCCGAUUACGGGAGAUUUGGAAUCGGAAGACUUUGGAUUGUCAACAAAUGAUAAGAAGAUACUGAUAAACGAGGUGUCCAUAAUUUUUCACUUGGCAGCGAACAUACGGUUUGACCAAAACAUCAAAAUUUCUAUGAAAAUAAACACUAACGCAGGUAUUACCAUUUUAAAAUUUGCAAAACACAUGCCAAAUUUAAAGUCAUUUAUUCACGUGUCAACAAUGUAUGCAAACUAUCAUGUGGAUUAUAUCGAAGAACGAUUUUAUUCAUAUCGCAUUAAUCACAAAGAACUUAUUAUGCUUACACGUAACUUAUCCGAAAACGAAUUUGAGAAGAAGAUAUCUAGAAUUGUCUCCAAAUGGCCGAAUAUAUAUAUAUUCACGAAAGCAAUUAUGGAACAGUUUUUAAAAACCGAAAGCGGAAAUUUACCAAUUGGAAUAUUUCGGCCUGCCGUAAUUUCACCAAGCGCUAGUGAACCACUUGUUGGAUGGAUUGAUAAUUAUUAUGGGUCGAUAAGUUUUGUGACAGCUGUGCUUUGUGGUCUUACAAGAUUUUUUGGUUUUAAUGGAGAUUUCAACGCAAAUCUAGUGCCCGUUGACUUCACCGCAAACGCUUUAAUUACUAGUGCAUGGGACGUCUUUAAUCAAUGCAGGUAUGACCAGACACACAAUCUAUUAUCGUAAUUUAUUAAAAAUCUUAUUUCUUUCAUUUAAACAUUGUCACCAAAUAAUAGCAUAAUAACGUCUUCAAUUCUAUACAUUUUUUAAAUUAUUUUCAGAUAUGAUUUUUUAAUCAUUUAUUAUACAUUUAUAUAAUAUUUUAAUGCUUGU